AUGGCGGACUACCAGUAUGGCGGUACCGAAGAGGAGAAUGCGGAGCUGAGAACGCUCGAGGCUGAGCUAAUCGAAGACCCCGAUAACUUCGAGACGUGGGAGAAGCUCGUGCGCGGCGCCGAAGCCCUCGAGGGCGGAAUCAACCGCAACUCCAGUCCCCAAGCCAUCACCACCGUGCGCAACUGUUACGAUCGCUUCCUCGCCAAAUUCCCGCUUCUAUUCGGAUAUUGGAAGAAGUACGCCGACCUGGAGUUUUCGAUCACGGGCACUGAAGCCGCAGAGAUGGUUUAUGAAAGAGGCAUUGCUAGUAUUUCGCCGUCAGUCGACCUGUGGACUAACUACUGCUCAUUCAAAGCUGAGACCUCUCACGACGCCGACAUCAUCCGAGAUCUUUUUGAGCGUGGCGCCAGCAGUGUCGGCCUCGACUUCCUUGCGCAUCCUUUCUGGGACAAGUACAUUGAGUUUGAAGAGCGUGUCGAGGCUCAGGACAAGAUCCUUGCCAUCCUGGGUCGGAUUAUUCACAUUCCGAUGCACCAAUACGCGCGUUACUUCGAACGUUAUCGUCAGCUGGCUCAGACUCGUCCUCUGGUUGAGUUGGCACCGGCCGAAACCAUGGCACAAUUCCGUGCCGAGAUUGAGGCCGCCUCUGCCCACGCCCAACCGGGCGCAAAAGCCGAGGCCGAGAUCGAGCGUGAUCUCCGACUGCGCGUUGAUAACUACCAUCUGGAGGUUUUCUCCAAGACCCAAACGGAGACCACUAAGCGCUGGACCUUUGAGUCGGAAAUUAAGCGGCCAUACUUCCAUGUCACGGAGUUGGAUGAGAGCCAGCUGACGAACUGGAAGAAGUAUCUCGAUUUUGAAGAAUCGGAAGGCGAGUACUCCCGCAUUCAGUUCUUGUACGAGCGCUGCCUUGUCACAUGUGCCCACUAUGAUGAGUUCUGGCUUCGCUAUGCCCGAUGGAUGGCUGCUCAGGCAGGCAAGGAAGAAGAGGUGCGCAUCAUCUACCAGCGUGCCAGCUACCUUUACGUCCCUAUCGCCAACCCGACUGUUCGCCUGCACUAUGCCUACUUUGAGGAAAUGUCCGGACGAGCUGAUGUAGCCAAGGAUAUUCACGGUGCUAUUUUGUUCAGCUUGCCCAGCCACGUCGAGACCAUCAUCUCUUUGGCUAAUCUGUCCCGCCGCCUUGGCGGUCUUGGUGCAGCCAUCGAGGUCUAUAAGACUCAGUUGAAUUCCCCCGAAGUUGAGAUGGCCACCAAGGCCGCCCUUGUCGCCGAAUGGGCUCGUCUCUUGUGGAAGAUCAAGGGCGCUCCGGAGGACGCUCGCAAGGUGUUCCAGGAGAACCAACAGUACUACCUCGACAGCCGGCCAUUCUGGACCAGCUACCUCAUUUUCGAGAUCGAGCAGCCCACCAGUGCUGACACUGAAUCUACUCAAUACGACCGUAUCAAGCAGGUCAUCUCUGAUGUCCGCUCCAAGAGUACCCUUCUUCCCGAUGUGGUCAAGGAGCUCGUGCAGAUCUACAUGGCGUAUCUUUUGGAGCGUGGCACCAAGGAUACUGCUAAGGAGUAUAUGACCCUGGACCGCGAGGUUCACGGCCCGCCGUCAGUCUCUGCUUGGGCUAGAGCCACCCCUGUAAUGCCUGCGCCCGCUGAUGGGCAACUCGCAGCCGUCCCGGUGGUACCCACUCCUGACCCGGCUGCCUCAGCAGCCUAUGCCUACUACCAGCAAAGUAACGGCGUCCCCACUGCCCAGGUCUAG